CAUUACACUGGGGCUUGAACCGACCAUCUCGACGGAUCUGGGUGAGGAGCUGCCACACCACUCGGCAGACGGCAUCGUUCCGCAGCGGGACAGCGACAUCUCACAUCAUCGUCUUGCGUACUACCCGCUCGCACAGCCCGGACAAUGGGCCAUUCAUGGAGCAAACAGCAACCAGACGACUACUACCUUGGCCACAACGGAGGUGCUGCGUACGGCCUGGGCCAUCUCACAGGCAUCCUCAGCCACGACCGCAGGACAGACGUAGUGUACUCGGACGUCGAUGACGCUCCACACACGGUUACGAUCGGGUCCCGCGCAGGUCUGCCCAUCCUCGUGCUCGACUCGGACAACGGCAGCAAAAAGAACAAACCGGUCGAUCUCCCAAGGCGUCUUGGCAUUGUCGUCCGAACGAGUGGUAGUCGCUUGACCAAGUCCGCGACAGUCGUCGUCACGGAUUUCCUCCGCAUCGUGGACGGGACGAAGGUCGUGCCCAGGAACAAAACAUGGGGCACUGACCCACGCAACUGGCAGGGCGUGAAGGGCCCGGCGGAAGCGAGUGGUGGCAUCCGUAUCGGCGAUACCAUUCACGCGAUCAAUGGCUCGCGGCUCGUGAACAAAUCCAAGCGACAAGUGAUCAAGAUGCUCGGUGAAUGCUGUGCCAGCACCCGGCAACAACAACGUAGCUCGGUGGUCGUGACCUUUCGCCACGGCGACAUCAUCCCGGCGGUCCCGUGGGAAACGGAGCAGUGUGUGGAUCCGCCCGAAGGCGAGUUCGUCGAGACCGAUCACGAAUGGGGCUGCCUCGCGCCGCUGCAAAUGAAGGACGGGUCCGUCUCGAUUUAGCCCCCGCUGCCAUGAUAGUGUUAGAUGUCCAGUAUAAAAUCCACCGACGAGCAAUUCAAUAGUUUUUUCAACGA